AUGGUCGUAAUACAACGCUUUGGGGCUGAUGCCAACCCAGACUAUCCCAAAAACUCACCUCCUCGUCCAACGCCCGUCUCUAGCGCGACUCCCACUCCCACCGACAUCAUCGCCAGCAUCACCACAAGCACAGCAUCACCAACAUCAUCUAGCACAUCAGGUGGAUUCUUGCACAUCGCUUCAGAUGGCAACAGCGGAGACAAGAUCCUGCGCGGAUUCCUCAUCGGAAUGGGCAUUGGCAUCAUACUGAGCUUCUUGCUAUGCUGCUGGCUGCCGUGCUGCAGGAAGAAGCGGAGGUCACGGCUGCAGAGGCGGAAUGACAAUAUUCGGCGGAGGCUGGUUGUUCUCGAGGACGAGGCGUGGGUGAACCAGAAUUGGCCGCAGAGGAGGCCGUGGGAUGUUGGUGAGGAUGAGGGCCAGAGCCAUGUGAGCCACGACUAA